AGUUCCAGCUUGCACCAACUGCCAACUUGGUAAAUUCAAGAAACAAUAUCUUUGAUUGAUCGCUUGCUGAUAUUACUCAUUAAUUCUCCAUGGCAUUGUCGACUAGCAACACGAAACCCUUUAGCCUGACCUCUUUAUCCAGUUACAACAGGCAGUACUGGAGCAUUGCCCAAGAUCCCGCAUUGGCUUCUUCCUUCUUGCAAAAUGCAGAAAACUAUAGAAAUAAAGAUGAUAACACAAGUUGUUUUGGUGUCCAACAUGCAAACAAAUAUUUGGAAGUAUGCAGGAACGUACUGAGGAAUGUCGUAGCAGAAGAAGAGGAAAAUCCCUUUGAAGGUUUAAGUAUGAUUGAUACACUACAACGCCUGAACAUUGAUUACCACUUCCAGGAAGAGAUUGAAGCAAUUUUACGGAGGCAAUAUGUAAGAUACAUUACUCAUGGCGAGUACGGUCAUCGUGAUGAGCUUCACGUGGUUGCACUGCGCUUUCGACUAUUGAGACAGCAAGGUUACUAUGUGUCUCCCGAUGUAUUUAACAAAUUCAAGGACGAGGGGGGGAAGUUUAACAAAGAACUGAGUGAAGACAUUGGAGGACUGAUGGCUUUAUAUGAAGCUUCACAGCUGAAAAUAGAAGGCGAAGACGUACUUGAUGAAGCUGGAAACAUUUGUGAGCAGCUUCUGAAUGCAUGGGAGAAAGAUCGUGAUAACAUCAAUCAUGCCAGAGUUGUUGGAAAUACGUUGGGACAUCCUUAUCACAAAAGCUUGGCAAGUUUCAUGGCUAAAGAGUUUUUUGAUAAUUCCCAAGGCUCAAGUGGAUGGUUGAAUGAUUUUCUUCAACUAGCAAAAAUGGAUUUCAAUAUCACCCAAUCUAUACACCAAAAGGAAAUUGCUCAAAUUUCGAAAUGGUGGGGGGAUCUUGGUUUGGCUAAUGAGCUAAAGUUUGCAAGGAACCAACCAUUAAAAUGGUACAUUUGUUCCAUGGUCUGUCUCGUAGAUCCAGACUUGUCGGACGAAAGGGUUGAGCUCACAAAACCCAUUUCUCUUAUCUACAUCAUAGACGACAUUUUUGAUGUCCAUGGGACGCUUGAGGAGCUCACUCUUUUUACAGAAGCCAUCAACAAAUGGGAUUUUGGUGCCCUCGAUCAGUUACCCGAAUACAUGAAGAUAUGUUUCAAGGCUCUCUAUGACAUCACCGAGGAAAUUAGCCAAAAGAUAUAUCAAAAGCAUGGCUCGAACCCACUAGACUCUCUAAGAAAAACGUGGGCGAGUUUGUGCAAUGCUUUUCUAGUUGAGGCACAAUGGUUUGCUUUAGGGCAAUCACCAAAGUCAAAAGACUAUUUGGAGAACGCAAUUAUAAGCUCAGGAGUGCACGUGGUACUAGUUCACACUUUCUUUCUUUUGGGUCAACGAAUAACUGAGGAAACUGAAGAUCUUGUUGAGAACAUGCCAGGCAUUAUAUCUUCUCCAGCCACGAUUCUUCGGCUUUGGGAUGACCUGGGAAGUGCCAUGGAUGAGAGUCAAGAUGGCCGUGAUGGAUCAUACAUAGAGUACUACAUGAAGGAACACCAAGAUUGUUCAUUCAAAGAGGCACGGGAGAAGGUUGUGAAUAUGAUUUCAGAUGCAUGGAAACGCCUAAACAAAGAGUGCCUCUCUCCAAAUCCAUUUCCGGCAACAUUCACUAAGGCAUCUCUUAAUAUUGCAAGAAUGGUUCCGUUGCUGUAUAAUUAUGAUGAAAAUCAUGGCCUUCCAAGCCUGGAGGAGCAUGUGAAAUCGGUGCUUUAUGAAAGUGUGUCUAUGUAG